ACUUUUAAUCUAAGUGACAAAACAGAAUAUAACCAUGAGUUUCUACAAUUCAUUUUCUCGUUUUAGCCUCGUAAUAAUUUUAUCCCUUGGUUUUUCACUCACCAAUGCUCAAAACUCACCUCAAGACUAUCUCAACGCCCACAACAUAGCUCGUGCACAAGUUGGCGUUGCAAACAUUACUUGGGACAACACAGUGGCGACUUAUGCUUUAAACUACGCAAAUUCAAGAAUAGGUGAUUGCAAUUUGGUUCAUUCAAGUGGAUCUUACGGCGAGAAUCUUGCCAAAGGAUCAAGUGGUUCAUUCACCGGAAUUACUGCGGUAAAUUUGUGGGUGAAUGAAAAACAAUACUAUGAUUAUAACACUAAUUCAUGCAUUAAUGGUGGACAAUGCUUGCACUAUACUCAAGUUGUGUGGCGUAACUCUGUUCGUUUAGGGUGUGCUAGGGUACAAUGCAACAAUGGAUGGUGGUUUGUCACUUGCAACUAUGAUCCCCCUGGUAAUUGUAUUGGCCAAAAACCCUAUUAGUAAGAAAACAUUCACAAUUUAAUACUACAAAAUAAAAUAAUAUGUUUCAAAUUUUCAGUGUGUGGUUCUUUGGUAACUUUUAAUAUUCUCUCAAUGUGUCAUCUUUUUUGACAUAUCAAGUACUAGGUGAUUUCUCUUAAUUAUUUC